AUGGACUUAUGUGAUAAAUGUGAUAUGAAUAUGCCAAAUGAACAACGUGUUUUGUAUCUGCGACGUGGUCUGAGACCAGAAUUGAAGCAUUAUGUACUGAUUUAUCAACCAUCUACACCGUUAGAAUUUCUUACAAUAAUGCAAGCAGAUGAAAAGCUACAACUGGACGAAAAUGCUUUUGGGUUAGACGGCGAAGACCCAACAACAACACAACAACGAAAAAGUCAACAAACAACAUGGAAUAAUCAAUAA